GUGCCGCCGCCGCUGCCGCCGCGCACGGGGGCUGGAGAUCAAGUGUCUGAUUUGUCAUCGCAGAUUCCUGCUGUGGUUAUGAGGUCAUGCAUCUUGUCUUAUUCUUCACGUUUGUACAACCCACAAACAGCUUUUUCUCCUUCUUUGGGGCAAGAAACUGCAACUACUUCCUCUGUGAGCUGGAAAUCCAAAUCUUUACCUUCCCUCUUCAUUCUCCAGUUGUGAACUAGAAAACCAUAUGAACCUGUUGCAAGCUACUUAUCUACCAUUUUCCUGUUAACUAGUUUUGCAGCAAGGAGGAGUUUUUAUUUGUAAUCAACAAAGUAGGCAAAAGUUGAAGGUACUGGAAGUGUCCUUGUGUGUCUUCACCAUCAUCUGGGUCUGCUUGUUUUUUGUAUUUUGAAAUACGAAAUUUUUACGCUUUAAUAGUAAGCCAGCAUUAGUUUCUUCAGUGUGUUACAGCAAUGACCUGCAUCCUAGUCAAAAUACAAGAAGUUCUCUAUAAAAUCCUGACUGUGUGGUGUCGUGUGUGUGCAUAGUCAUAGUACACUUCUGUCAAGUAGAGCAAGUGCUGGAUGACACUGUGUAAUUAACAGUGCUCAUUUUUAUAGUUAGCUCUGUCUUUGAGACUCAUGUCAUAUGGUAUUACAUACUGCUCACCACCUUGGGAUUCGUACUCCUUGUUUUUGAUGUUACUCUUACUGCAGUAUUUGAAGUUCUAUAGAAAGUGCUGUAUCAUUUAAAGUGUCCCUUUGAGCUGGAGGAACGUCCAUACUACAAAGAGCAGCGCUGAGACACAGAGGAUGGAAGAUUCACCUAAUGCUGUGUAAGAAGUCCUGGAAAAUAUUAACAGCAUCAAUGAAUGGGCUGACCAUAGCUCUCGGCUCCAGAUGACUUGCCCUGUAGUUCAGAAGGAUGUCGUCUGUUACUGAAAAUGGAAAUGCUUCUGCCAGAAAGCCAAAUGAAGAGAAAACAUAUAAAAAGACUGCAUCCUCAGCUAUUAAAGGUGCUAUCCAGCUGGGAAUAGGAUACACUGUAGGAAACCUUACAUCAAAACCAGACAGAGAUGUCCUUAUGCAAGACUUCUAUGUAGUGGAAAGUGUUUUUCUACCCAGUGAAGGGAGCAAUCUCACCCCUGCUCAUCAUUACCCUGACUUCAGAUUUAAGACGUAUGCACCUCUUGCCUUCCGCUAUUUCAGAGAACUUUUUGGUAUCAAGCCUGAUGAUUAUUUGUAUUCAAUCUGCAGUGAGCCUUUAAUUGAAUUAUCUAAUCCAGGUGCCAGUGGGUCCCUCUUUUUUGUAACUAGUGAUGACGAGUUCAUCAUCAAAACAGUUCAACACAAAGAGGCUGAGUUUCUUCAGAAGCUCUUACCAGGUUAUUAUAUGAAUCUGAACCAGAAUCCAAGGACUCUCCUACCCAAAUUUUAUGGGCUGUACUGCGUUCAGUCAGGAGGCAUUAAUAUUAGGAUUGUUGUUAUGAACAAUGUUUUGCCACGAGCCUUGAGAAUGCAUUUCACGUAUGACUUGAAGGGCUCCACAUACAAGCGGAGAGCGUCAAGAAAAGAAAGGGAGAAGUCCAACCCUACGUUCAAAGACUUGGAUUUCUUGCAAGACAUGCAUGAAGCAUUGUAUUUUGACUCUGAAACUCACAGUGCACUAAUGAAAACACUACAGCGGGAUUGUCGAGUAUUAGAAAGUUUUAAGAUCAUGGAUUAUAGUCUGCUACUGGGAAUCCACAUACUGGACAGUAACAUGAAAGAAAAAGACGGGGAGAGUUCCCAGAGCACAUCUGAUGCGAAACGGCCUGGAGGACAGAAAGUUCUCUAUUCUACAGCCAUGGAGUCUAUACAGGGCCCUGGCAAGUCUGGGGACUCGGUCAUCACAGAGGCAACAAAUACAAUGGGAGGUAUUCCAGCUAAAAGCCAUAAAGGGGAAAAGUUGCUUCUAUUUAUGGGCAUUAUUGAUAUUCUGCAGUCUUAUAGGUUAAUGAAGAAGCUGGAACAUUCCUGGAAAGCUCUUGUUUAUGAUGGGGACACUGUUUCAGUUCACAGACCAAGCUUUUAUGCUGACAGAUUUCUGAAGUUUAUGAGUACAAGAGUUUUCAAAAAAGUUCAAGCUUUAAAGACUUCUCCCUCCAAGAAACGGUGCAAUUCCAUCGCAGCCCUAAAGGCGUCGUCACAAGAAAUAGUGUGUACAGUCAGCCAGGAGUGGAAGGAUGAAAAGCAUGGCAUCCUUACUGAAGGACAGAGCUAUUCCAGCCUUGAUGAGGAAGUGCUAAGUUCACGGCACCGGCCGGAUCUAGUGCCAAGUACUCCAUCACUGUUUGAAGCAGCUUCCUUGGCAACUACAAUUUCUUCCUCUUCCUUGAAUGUAGAUGAGCACUGUCAACGUGAUGAACCUGUGCUCUUCUCUAGCAGUAAAGGGCUGCCUUCAAGUUCAACGUUCACUUUAGAAGACAGUGCCAUCUACUUGACUUCAGAACAGAGCACACUGGAAAUGGAGAAUGAUAAUGCUUCAGUUUUGGAUGUCUAUUUAUAAUAAAGAAUACAUGAAGAAUAGAACUACAAUGGACAAGAAGUGACCACAGUAGAUGAGCAGCACUCUCUGCACUCUUGGUUUAAAAAGGAUGAAUUUGCUGAGCCUACUAGACAAAGCAUAAUAAUCAACUGAACUUAUCUCUAAGAAAUAUCAGGAUCUUUGAAGCAUGGAGAAGAUUGAUAGACUUGGCAAAUGUGACAUGAAACAUUCCACACUCUGCUCUCGUGUGCUGUUGCUUGCUGAACUGUGAAGAACUGUUAGAGCUGCUUUCUAGUCCCCUGCCAAUCAUCCUUUUGGACUUGAAAGUGGUAUUUUCUUAUUGACUCUCUGGUGACUUCAUUUGCAUGCAUUCUGUAACUAUGCACAAGCAAAGUAUAUUAUCUGCUUUACCUAUUUAAAAAUCAGCCCGGUGGUGAGUAAAAUUAACUUCACUUGUUUUCACCCUUCAGUUCUAAUCACUUAAGUCCAUGUUGGUGGAAAUUGGAAUUGAUUACAUGCAAGGGUUAAGGUAAGUCUCUGCACAUACUAUAUGAAGAUGAGCCUCUAAAGCUAUUUUCACUGUUGGUGAAAAGAAGAGAAAGUUGUUAUUUAUAACAAGGCCUUAUGUUGUGUACAUAUAUUGUCUAUGAAAUAUUUUUGAUUUUAGUUUAUUGCUUGUAAAAGAGAAAUUAUAUAAUUUAUUUAGUAAAUACUAUUGUAAACUAUAGUUUUAUUGACAAAUAAAAUAUUUUGUUCCCAAGA